UUGGAUUAAAGAGAGAAAGGGACACGGAGGGAGAGAUAGGCUGGAUGAAUGAGGGUGACAGGAAAGCAAUCGAACUGAGGCAAAUUGAAGGGCAGGACGCAACACAAACGUGGAAUAAAACCUGUCCAACAAGCUGGGGAAGAGCUGCAGGAGGGGGAUCACAUCACAUUUUUAGCAUUUUAGGGGAUUUUUCUCCAACCUACAGAAGAUCGCUGCACAUUAAAAGCACAAUCUGUUGAAGGAAGCAUGGACGUGGAUGUGGAGGGGAUUAUCCAGUGCAUCAAGCAGGGGGAUGAGAACGGUGUUCAGAUACAGCUGCAGGAGUUCAACAAACAGUACGCCCAGUGCUUCUUCUUUGAUGCAGAUGAGCGGGAAAGGCGCAGACAAAGGAAACUGAACGAGUUCAGGAAAAAUAAAGUGAGGGACUACCCAGAUUCUGACUCUGAAAAUGAAGAGUAUGAGCAAGAAGACAGAGGCCUCUUCCUCAGACAGAACUUAGCCAUUGUUCUGGUGAGGUUCAUUCAAACAGAAGUGAAACACCGUCUCCUAAAAGCAGCAUUACGCACCUUGAGGAUCCUCUCCCGGGACAAAAAGACACUGGGCGCCUUGGUGACUGACAGCGCCCUCCUGACUUUGGCCAAGCUAGCGUUCCUGACCACAAACGACACCUGCGAUGAUGUCAGCGAUCCUGAUUCGGAUUUCUACGAUAACAUCAUCGCUUCUCUGGCUGAGGCCAAAGUGCAGCAGGUCACCACUGACGAAGGCGAAGCUGAGGCUGCGGACCAAAACGAGGAGUACCAAGCAAUGGAUGAGGACUCCAAGAGUGACAUCAGCAAUGCCACCAGUGGAGACCUGGACAGCAUUAGCGGGUUCGGGAGCCACAGGACCAGCAUCAAUGAAAUGCACAGAGGGAGCACCCAUCAGAAGGCACUGGAACGUGGCAGGAAGGACCGCAGAGAGAGCAAGAUGGAAGGAGAGGAAGAGGAGGAUGAAGGGGAGCUGGCAGAAGAGUCACUGAGGAAGGAGGCCAUGAAGGUGCUGUGUAAUGUGGUGUACAACAGCACCUGGGCACAGGAGAGGUUCAGUGCUCUGAGCCUUAUGAAUGGUCUUAUUGAGCGCAUAUCCUCCAGCGUCAACUGGUCGUCUCCCUCCAGUGUUCAAUUUUAUGAGCUUCGCCUCAUGUUCCUCAUCACAGCACUGAGGCCUGAGCUCAACAACCAACUCCAGAAGGUCGGAGGGGUGUCCAUCCUUACGGCAGCCUUGGAGAGCACUCUGGAGGUGCAGUGGAAGGAGCCGUACGAGUGUGUGCUGGACCCGGCGGCACCACCAAUUUCUCCAGAAGCCUCACAGCGCAUCAUAGAAAUCCUCAAAAUCCUCUUUAAUAUCACUUACAGCAACCACAGGCAGGAGCCUGGUGAGGAUGAUGCAGCUCUUUAUCGCCACUUGGUGGCCAUUAUGCGUCUCUGCCUGUUGAGGAAAUGCAUGAUGGCAGAUGACACAGAUGAACUACAAGGUCACACAGUCAACCUGCUGACUGCGCUGCCUCUCCAGUGUCUGGAUGUUCUCCUCUCUGUGCCUCUGACUCCAGACUCUGAGCAAAGUCAGGGUGUCAACAUGGACUGUGUCCACACCCUGCUGCUCUUCAUGGAGCACCGCCUGGAGUCAGGGGAUAAAAUCAAAGAGAAACUGACACCUAUCCUCAACCUGCUGACGGAGAGCUGCAGGGCUCACAGGGAAACACGGCUCUACAUCAGGAAACAUAUCCUGCCUCCUCUGAGAGAUGUAUCCCACAAACCGGAAGAGGGCAACACAGUGAAGAGUCGUCUCAUUCGCCUCAUGACUCACCUGGACACGGACCUGAAACACUGCGCUGCUGACCUUAUCUUUGUCCUCUGCAAGGAAAACGUGAGGCGUUUUGUCAAGUACACAGGCUACGGUAAUGCAGCCGGCUUGCUGGCCACCAGAGGCCUGCUGGGGGGUCAGGGUGUCAGGAACUACAGCAGCAGCGCCCAGUACUCCAGUGACUCGGAUUCAGACACAGAGGAGUACCGGCAGGUCAGAGACCGCAUCAACCCGGUGACGGGACGCAUGGAGGUACCGCAGCCGGACCCCAUGGAGGGGAUGACAGAGGAGGAGAAGGAAGAGGAGGCCAAGAGACUGAUAACACUUUUCAGCAAGCUGUCCAGAGAUGACAUCAUCCAGCCAAUGGGAGUGGAUGAAGAAGGCAAACUUGUCCCCCUGCAAGGAGUCGGAGAGAAUCCCAUGACUGAGGAUGCAAAGACUGAAACAGAGACGGACGAGGGGGCAGAGAAAGAACAUAUGGACUGAAACUUGGGAUUCGCUUGAGUCAUUCUCAGAUAACAUCCAAGUAUUUAAGUUUAUCAGUGCAUAACUGUGUACAAUCUUGUAGUAUUCUGUUUGACCCCAGAAAAAAGAAGAAAAAAAAGGCUCACAUCUUUCAGACUUCGUGACUUUAUUUCAAUAAAAGAUCCAGAUGGUAAAACAGAACGCAGCUUUCACAUUGGUUUCACUUACAAGUUAUUAUAAUGUAGUUGCUAAUAACCAAUUGAUUUUAUUAUUAUACUAUGUGUCUCAAUAAAGGUUUCAUAUCUGGAAA